AGCAGCAACACAAGGAGCAACACUGAGCCCAACGAUUCUCACACUUCUUCACAUCUCAACAAUUAUUAGAUCUGAACCCAUCUGUUUCAAGGGUAGAGGUUUAAAUAACUUUUUAUACAGUAUCAGAACACAGCAUCGCCAUGGAGAAGAUUUUCAUCCAGGUUCUCCUCGUCGUGACUGUAUCAAGAGUGUUUGGUAAAUAUGUUUAUAAACGUGAGGAGAAGACCUGGACAGAUGCUCAAAGAUAUUGCAGACAACAUUAUACUGAACUAGCUCCUGUCAGUGGACCAGAGGAUGACUUGAAACUUAAAGAUAUAGCAGGUGGAAGCUUUCCAUUGAAGUUUCACUGGAUUGGUCUUUACAGAGAACCCAACGAUUUCACAGGCUGGAAAUGGUCAGAUGGCGGAUCUGCAACAUACCUUAACUUUUCGCUUGGUAACCCAACCAACGAACCAUCGCAAAAUUUUGUUUCACUUGGCGACAGUGGAUGGUAUAAUACUUUAAAUUAUCCUGGAUACUUCUUUUGCUUGAGUCUGUUUGUGGUGACAGAGCCCAAGACAUGGGAAGAGGCUCUGGAGUACUGCAGGGAGCAGUACACUGACCUGACCAGCCUGCUGUCAGAGACGGAGAUGCUUCUGGCCCACAGGGAGAUCCAGGAGCAGGCCCAGACGGCGCUGGUGUGGACGGGCCUGCGCUUCCUGGGGGACCGCUGGCUGUGGGUGAACGGGGACCCUCUGGACUAUCAGGCCUGGCCCCCUGGUGGAGGGCACCAGUGCCCAGCUAGAAACCUCCGCUGUGGGGCGGUGGGGACGGCGGGACACUGGGAGGCCCACGACUGCCAGGAGAGACUCAGCUUCAUCUGCUACUGAGGCUGAGGUUGCUUUAAUUUAUUUUAGUGAUAGAUUAGAUCAAACAUGUUGCCAAGCUAUUCCUUUGUGUUGGUUUUAACAUAAAGGUCACAAAAACAAAUCACCUAUGACUAUUAGCAUCUUUGCAUUUACUCACAUGGACUAAACUGGAAUGAAAAUUGAAUGCUGGUAGAUUAAAAUGUGCAAGUAUUUCCUUGC